AUGGCCGGGCUACAAACAAGCAAACGCCUGCGCAUCGGCGUCGACGUGGGUGGGACAAACACAGACGGUGUCAUCAUCGACCCGACACAGUCGUCGUCGCCCAACAAGGGCAUACUGGCGCACCACAAGGCGCCCACGACGACAAACCCAAGCGACGGCAUCAACGCUGCCAUCACGCACAUGUUCACGGCAUCUGACCCGCCCAUCAACCCGGCAGAUGUCGCCUCGGUCACCAUCGGCACGACGCACUUCGUCAAUGCUGUCGUCGAGCGGGACGCGCGCCGCCUGUGCAGGGUGGCUGUCAUUAGGUUGGCGGGUCCCUUUGGCAAGCAUGCGCCACCGUGCGUUGACUGGCCGGAUGAUAUGCGUGACUUGGUGCUGGGCUACUGGGGUAGCGUCGAUGGCGGUUUGGAAGUGGACGGCAACCUCAUCCGGGAACUCGACGAGGGUGCCGUUAGGGAGCAGUGCCGGGUUAUCAAGGAUAAGGGCAUACGGGCCGUGGUGAUCAACGGUGUUUUCAGUCCUAUUGACACUGUACAUCGGCAGGAAAACCGGGCAGCCGAAAUUGCGCGGGAGGUUCUGGGUACAGACGUCGAUGUGGUGUUGAGCAACGAGGUUGCGAAUCUGGGCUUCCUGGAGAGGGAGAAUGCCGCGAUUUUGAACGCUGCGAUCCUGCCCUUUGCACGCAAGACAAUUCGAUCAUUCCAGGACCCCGUGAGGAAGCUUGGCUUAGAAUGCCCUGUAUUUAUCACUCAGAAUGAUGGCACUCUGCUCGCAGGUGAAAUUGCCGCGAAGCUGCCCAUCAGGACCUUCAGCAGUGGGCCGACUAACUCGAUGCGUGGCGCGGCGUUUUUGAUCCAGGGACAAGAAAACCAAGAAGGCCAAGCAAUGAUGGUGGUCGACAUCGGUGGGACUACGACUGAUGUCGGGCUUCUCCUCGCAAACGGGUUUCCAAGGCAGCAAGCGGCUUAUAGCGAGCUCGCCGGUGUCAGAAUGAACUUCUCGUGCCCUGACAUCAAGAGCAUCGGCCUGGGAGGCGGGUCCAUCAUUCGAAAAGGAACAGACGGAAGGCCCACGACCGUGGGACCGGAUUCUGUCGGCUACAAGCUUACAAAAGAAGCGGUUGUCUUCGGAGGCGGUGUCCUGACCACGACAGAUGCGACUGUCCUGGCCAGUUCUGGUGUGAAGAUUGGCGAUCCAUCACUUGUCCAGGGAAAGCUUUCUGAAGACGAGCUGAGCGAGACUACAGCUAUCAUCAAACAAAAACUUGAGAAGGUCAUUGACAUGAUGAAGACCUCGCCUGAGGAUCUCCCGGUCCUGCUCGUUGGUGGAGGUGCCGUGAUAUCUCCAGAUGAGCUGAAAGGUGCAAGCAAAGUCCUCAAGCCCCGAUACUCAGGAGUGGCCAACGCCAUUGGAGCAGCCAUGGCGAGAGUCAGUGCCGUGGUUGACACAGUCAAAUCUACUGAGAACAAAUCAACCCAAAAGCUGUUGGGUGAGAUCUCGGCUGAGGCCAUUGAGAAGACUGUCGCUGCGGGUGCAUCACCAGAGUCUGUCAAGGUCGUCGAGAUCGAGACGCUCCCGCUGCAGUACAUCGCCAACAAGACAAGAUUCAUUGUUCGGGCUGCCGGCGAUUUCGACUUCUCGAGGACGGAUCUUGCCACUGUCCCGUCCACAAGUGAACAAGAGCCAACGACCAAUGACAUGGACCAGUACGAGAAGACAGCCAACACAAAUGGGUCCGAGGUCAAUGGCGCAAAGAAGGAUGAGUCACGAAAACAAGCGAUAGAAGUCGACCCAGAGACAUACCGCCCAACGGUCAAGAACCGUGUCUGGUACGUCAACGAAACUGACCUCGGCUGGAUCACCACAGGCUGCUACAUCCUCGGCACCGGCGGCGGCGGGUCCCCGUACCCACAUAUGGUGCGGUUGCGCCAGCUCCUGCGUGCCGGCGCGGUGGUGCGCGUCGUGUCCCCGGAUGACCUCAAAGACGACGACCGCGUUGGCUGCGGAGGCGGCAUGGGCAGCCCGACGGUCGGGAUCGAGAAGCUGCAAGGCGAUGAGAUGAUGCAGGCGCAGAUGGAGUUGGCUAAAAUCCUCCCUGAGGAGAAGCGGGCGACUCACAUGAUUGCGCUUGAGAUUGGCGGUGGCAAUGGGCUGCAGGGCAUGAUACUGGGUGCGUCGAGUAACAUGGACGUGCCGUGUGUGGAUGGUGACUGGAUGGGCAGGGCGUAUCCUACUAAGUGGCAGACUACGCCUGUGGUGUUCAAUGAGCGACAGCCUGUCUUCUGUCCGCUGUCCAUGUGUGACGGAAACGGAAAUACGAUCAUCAUGACCAGUGCCACGUCUGACCUUCAGGUGGAGAGGGCGCUGCGAGCUGCGUUGAGCCAGAUGGGCUCACAUACUGGCUGCGCCGAGGCUCCUUUGUCUGGUGCCGAGACACGACGCUGGGUUGUGGAGCACACCAUAUCUGCCGCGUGGAGGAUCGGCAGGGCAGUCGAGAAGGCGAGAAGAGCAAACAUUGUCGAUGAGGUCGCAGAAGAGAUCGUCAAAGAGGUUGGAGGCAACGAGGCGGCCAGGGUCCUGUGGAAGGGCAAGAUUGUGGGUGUCACGAGGACUCUGAGAAUGGGGCAUGUCUAUGGCGAGUGCCUCAUCGAGGGCAUGGACGUUGGCGAGGCAAAGGAAGGUGACAUUGGUGCCUUGAAAGGAGGACAAGGUAGAACCCAGUUUAAGGGGGUGAUUAAGAUCCCGUUCAAGAACGAGAAUAUCGCUGCGAUCAAGAUUCAUGACCAGAAUAAUGACGGAGACGACAGCGAGACAUUGGAGAAGCAAGAAGACGUGCUCUGCAUUGUCCCCGAUCUGAUUUCGGUCAUCGACGCGCAAAAUGGUGAGGCUAUUGGUACUCCAGAGUACCGAUAUGGCCUUCUCGUCACUGUUCUGGGAAUUGCGGCUAGUGACCGAUGGACCGGCUCAAAGAGGGGAGUCGAGAUUGGAGGGCCAGAGGGGUUCGGUAUACAUCAUCUCAAGUACCAACCACUGGGGAGAUUUGUAAAACCCGUCAGCGUGAUAGAUGAAUUCGAUGCCACUGACGAUGUGUAA